GUCAGCGUAUCCCAUUUUGACGUGGCUUGGUUGUUCCCGGUUUCCAAAGGAGAUUCUUACUUUAUGCCCAAAAAUACCGCCUUUAUUGUAUGAACACGGCCCUGUUUAACACUCCUAUAUUUAACAAUGUCUUCGGACUUUGGAAAUCCACUGCGAAAGUUUAAGCUUGUCUUUUUAGGCGAGCAAAGUGUUGGAAAAACCUCUCUUAUAACUAGGUUUAUGUAUGACAGCUUCGAUAACACUUAUCAGGCGACAAUUGGAAUAGACUUUUUGUCCAAAACAAUGUACCUUGAAGACAGAACAGUCAGAUUACAGUUAUGGGAUACUGCAGGGCAAGAACGAUUCCGUAGUCUAAUACCAAGCUAUAUCCGUGAUUCUAGCGUAGCUGUAGUAGUCUAUGACAUCACCAAUUACAAUUCUUUUCAACAAACAUCUAAAUGGAUAGAUGACGUGAGAACAGAAAGAGGGAAUGAUGUAAUCAUUAUGCUAGUUGGGAACAAAACAGAUCUUUCAGAUAAAAGACAAGUAACGACAGAGGAAGGGGAACGAAAAGCAAAAGAAUUAAAUGUGAUGUUUAUAGAAACUAGUGCUAAAGCAGGUUACAAUGUCAAGCAGCUUUACAAGAAAAUAGGCGCUGAACUUCCUGCUGAGAAAGACAUGGUUACAGAAUGGGGACAAUACGAAGACGACAUCAUCAAAGUCACUUUACAACAAUCUACUGAACAGAAUGAAGAGAAUCAGUCCGCGGCCUGUGGCUGCUAAUCACAGACUAUUAGGGGAAAAAAUUUUCAUUUUGUAAGAGCGAUAGGACAUUGUAUUGAUUGUACCGUCGAAAUCGAAUGAGUAGUUCGCGGUCAAAAGGUACACGUCUAAAAACAUGCAAUUUAAAAAACAAGCAUCGUAUGUAUAUUGUGAGAAAUUGGUUUUGAGACCACCAAUGCGCAAGCAUUCUGAUUUUGGUUUACUGUGAUUAUGUCCGCGCUCUAACAAAUUACAGUGUUGGUAUGAUAAUGAAUUGUAUUCAAUUGCAACUAUGGGGAAGCUACAUAAAGACGAGUACUGUAUUACGUUUAAGAAUGGAUGGCUGUAUCCACGUUACAUGAUAAGGUGUAUAUGAAAGGGGGCUAGACUACCUGGCGGAAGUAGUAAUAUCUUGUCCAGGUCAUUGGGUAUGGUUGAUAAUAUUCUAGGCUAGUUCAGAAGUUACGGGGCCCGUUAAGGAAAGAAGUCGACCCUAUAGCAGCUCGCAACCUCUUAAGCUUCAAAUAAUGCGGCGAGCAUGUGCAUUGAACUGUUUGCAUCGACGGGGUGGGGCAUUGGAUCUUUGAACUUCUCAACCUUUACUUUGCAAAGGUCUAGGCCCUUGAAGCUUUUGAUCUGCGCUCGAAGAUCUAUCGAUUGGUGUUAAAACCAAUUUUAAAACCAUUGGACCUUCGAAAAUUGGCACUCAGACUUCAUUCGUCUCUUCUUACUACUUACAACCAAUUUAAUCUACUAAAUGUAUCUUAAAUAGAAUGCUAAAAUAAUUGAAUGCAUUUACCAAUUUUAAAACCGUUUUACCUUCGAAAAUUAUGUGUCUACGAUUCUUACAAGCAAUUUUAUCAAGUAAAUGUACCUUAAAUAAAAUCCUAAAAUAAUUGAAUGUAUUUAUGCAUAAUGCAAGUCAAGAUACGAGUCUAUAUGAAUAUCAGUAAGGGAAAUAAUUCAAAUCGUACUGUAUGACGUCGUGAUGAUUACUGAAACUCUUAUGUAAUGACAAAAUAUCGAAAAAGAUAUAAAUGUGAAACUAAACUUUCUUUCAGAAAGCAAAAGAAUUAUAGGAAAACUCUAUUGAAUAAAUGUUAAUCGAAACUGGAA